CUUAACUUGCUUCAUUACUCCUUCCCCUGUUUAGACAUCUCACCUACAAAAAGCACAUUAGAAAAGUACAAACCUAGUCUUUUGGUCAUUUUGGAUUAUUCAAAAAAAAACCCACUCAAAAAACCAUCAAUUUUCACUAAAUUAACUCCAAUUUUUUGUAUUUGAUUUUGGGUUUUCAUCUAAUUAGAUCAAAAUGAAGAUUAGAGGAAGAAACAGGGGAUUCAAAUUGUGCCGGAAACUGACCCGGGUUUUCAGAUGGGUUACCCGGAAAAGAGGAAAAUCAUAUAGAUACGAGAAGUUAGAGGGCUCCAUAGAGAAAAAAAGCAAAGCGAUUUCAAGAUUGUGUGAUUGGGGAAGAAAGGUUAAACAAGGGUUGCUUAAAUCAGUUUCAACUCGAGAAUAUGUACGAGUCGACUCAAAACCGAUUCGUAUUCCGAAGGGACAUCUAGCUGUACACGUGGAAGAACCAGAAGGUGACACCCGGCGUGUUCUGAUACCUAUUCUGUUCUUGAAUCAUCCUCUGUUUGGAAAGUUACUGGAAGAGGCAGAGAAUGUUUAUGGGUUUAAUCAUCCGGGUCGGAUCACGAUACCAUGUCCAAUAACGGAGUUUGAGAAUGUUCAAACAAGGAUCGCUGCCGGUGGUCGGAAAUUCCUUUCCAUAGGUCAUCAACCCAGUCUCAUUUCCGGGGAUAAAUGUUACUUUGAAUUAUGAUAACAGAUUGUUGUAUGAAAUGGUCCACACGCAUUAGAUAUAGUUAAAAAGCCCAUUAAAUAUCCUUAAUUGAGAUCGUCUUAUCGAUAGACAUUCUCUCGGAGUUGCUCGUUUUAAUGCCUUUACUUGUGUGAAUUUAUAGUUUUGUACGUUUGGUAUUGUUUAUUACAUUUGACGAAUAAACUCUUAAUGGUUUUGGUUUAAAUGUAACAAAAUAAUAAGAAACGGUAUUAAAUUCAUAACAAUAGAAUAGUUGAUGGAGGAUUAUGGAGCUGAUCAUGAUGUAAAUUGGAGUUUAAAUUUUAUUUUU